CUUAACGCAGAGCAUACUUCCUUACAUCUCAACAAAAUGACUUCCCAUGCAUACGAAGUCGCGUUAUUUGGGGAGUUCUUCCCUCAGGACCUACCAGCCAUAUUGAACCGCUUCACCUUGCAUAGCGAGUCUGCGCACCAGAUGCAUGCGCGCGAGAUCGUCUUCGAGCCGUUCGACGCGCAACAUCAGCGUGAUUCAGGCACCGAGCCAGUGCUGCUACGCGCGCGGAAGGAACUCCUUGAGCCCGAUGCGAAGUGGCUUCUAUACUCGUAUCUAAAGCCGGAGUCAGUGCGCGUACAUCCCGAGGCGACAGUGCGCCCUUGGGCGACAUGCCAAGUUGUCGGUGAGGCUCUCGAGCUCGCAUCGGCCUUGGGCUAUGUCCGCAGAUCACAGAUAUACAAGAGGGGCUACGUCUUCAGGCGAGGAAAUCUCGUCAUUCAGAUGUUCCAGCAGGAGCACGUGGACCCAAAGACGGGAAAGGUCAUCCCGGCGCACGUAGACACGCUCUGGGAAGUGGAGGUGAAGACCGCCGCCCCCGUCAGGAAUACCCAAGAGACGCCCCUCAGCCAGUCACUCGACGCGGUUCUCGCCGUACAGCUCCUUAUGAAGGGGUUGCUUGACCUCAGGCGGCAGGAUGUAUGAGUAUGAGAUGCACGAACGGUGGACUACGCUACUCUGCUACAGAGGUUUCGUUCCAGCAUGGCCGCCGCCACUACGUUCCUUCGUCGUCCUCCUCCUCGCCACCAGAAUCUCCCCAAUCGACCUGCUCGUCAUCCGCAGCCCCAUACCCAGCGAACGCACUGUCGGAACCAGGGUCACGCAGCGCACCUGCGUCGCGGAGCUUCUGCAACAUGGCAGCCAGCACCUCUGGGUCUCCUUCAUACUCCUCGUCGGUCUCCCCUUCGGCGUCCUCGUCGCCCCAGUCAUCCUCACCCUCCUCGUCCCCACUCUCCGCAUACCCUCCAAGCAGGUUCAGUACGUUGCGUUCCUCCUCGCCUUCGUCGUUCUCCUCGCUGCCAUACCCGCCGAGCAGCCCGCUCAUAGCCUUCUUCGCCUGCUUCGCGUUCAACUUGCGCCGCUUCGGCCGCGGAGAGUCGUAGUCGUCAUGUACGACCGCGCCCCUGUCGUCCACGAUGGUCCCCUGGAACGCGUCCUCCUCCCAGAUUUCAAUGGUUGGGAAUUCGACAAAGUGCUUGUGCUUGAGUAUGGCGCCUAGGGGUUUGCUCGGGUCGAGCUUGUAGAAG